UAUUUCUGGACCAGCACCAAGUGGCCGGCCACGGAGCUGGACUAUGCCAUUUACCUGGCAAAGAAGAACAUCCGCAAGCAGGGCGACCUGAUCGAGCACGAGAAGGAUAACUACAACCUGCUGCACAAGAGGAUCAACCACACGUGGGACUUCGUGGUCAUGCAGGCGCGGGAGCAGCUCCGGGCGGCCAAGCAGCGGCGGAAGGGCGACCGCAUCGUCAUCGACUGCCAGGAGCAGGCGUACUGGCUCGUCAACCGGCCCCCGCCGGGAGCCCCCAGCGUGCUGGAGCAGGGCCCCGAGCGCAGGAACUGCCACACCAGCCGGGUGCAGCUGAACAUGGACUACUACAAGCGGGAGAUCGAGUACUGCAGGAAGGCCAUGGCCAGGACCCGGGUGAAGUCGUCCAUCUGCCUUGAGGGGUACAUCAAGUUCAACGAGCAGUACGUGCCCCACGACCCCAUCAUGUCCGGCUGCCUGCCCAGCAACCCCUGGAUCACCGACGACACCACCUACUGGGCCAUGAACGCCCCCACGGUGAUGACCCCCACAAAGCUGCGGGUGGAGCGCUGGGGCUUCGACUUCAGUGAGCUCCUCACCGACCCGCUGGGCCGCGCACAGCUCCUCGAGUUCCUCAAGAAGGAGUUCAGCGCUGAGAACCUGAGCUUCUGGGAGGCAUGCGAGGAGCUGCGCUACGGGGAGCAGUCCCGCAUCGCCGAGAUCGUGGACUCCAUCUACCAGCAGUUCCUGGCUCCUGGAGCCACACGCUGGGUGAACAUCGACAGCAAGACCAUGGAGCGGACGCUGGAGGGCAUCAAGACGCCCCACCGCUACGUGAUGGACGAUGCCCAGAUGCAUAUCUACAUGCUGAUGAAGAAGGACUCCUACCCUCGCUUCCUCAAGUCGGAGCUCUACAGGAACCUCUUGGCCGAGGCCGUCAUCCCCCCGGAGACCAAGAAGCGGGUGUUCCCCUUCAUGCGCAAGCAGCGGCACUCCAGCCCCAGCCCGGCCCUGCUGCUGCCCGCCGGCGACACCGAGGCCAAGGGCGAGGACAAGAGCAAAGGCCCCACAGCUGUGCCCGAGGAGGAGAGCUAGGGACCCCAGCGCUGCGGCCGUGCCCACGCGUGGUCCCAGCCCAUGGCAGGAGUGGAGGGGACCCCAGCCUCUGCCCCAUCACAGGACCCUGCCUGCAAUAGCACUGAAGGAGAGAAGCCAUACGCCCCACGGCCAGCCUGGCCCCACUGUGCCCCCUGCUCACCGCCCCCAGCCCCAUCCUCCUGCCAAAGGAGCCCCCCCCCAGGGCUCAACACAACACGUGCAGAAAAUAAAGGACCCCGUGGGGAA